UCCAUGUGGCUACUACACCGGCACGUUUGUCGUCAUUAGAGAGCAAAGGAUAAAGGGAAAAAGACAAGGAAAGGAAAGGAAAAAAAACCUGCGCUACAUAAGAACCACAUGUGCAGAACAUUUAGUACCCUGGAUGUGAGAUGAGAAGGGCGGGUUUGAAUUAGGAGGAAUAAACGCGGCUUUAAGAAAGAGCGAGAGACAAAUAUCUACCAACUGAAAUUUCAGCGGGUCACCGAGGAAGAAAAAAAAAAUAAUUAAAAAAACAGGACCAUAAAGAAACUGUUACCGUGUGAUGCCCACACGCAGAAAAUGACCAGUGAUCAGGAACUGCCAAUGGACGGCCAAUCAGCCACAGCUGUGUUUGCUGCAAGGGGCAUUGAUGUAACACUUAAUAAAGACCAAGGAGUAAUCAAGGUUGUGAAGCGUCAGGGGAUAGAUGGAGACCGACCAAUGAUUGGAGACAAAGUGACAGUCCACUACACUGGAAAGCUGCUCACUGGGAAGAAGUUUGACUGCAGCCGAGAUCGCAAGGAAUCUUUUUGCUUCAACGUCGGCAAGGGACAAGUCCUCAAGGCUUGGGAUAUCGGUGUGUUGUCUAUGCAGAGAGGCGAGGUGUGCACACUACUGUGUAAGCCAGGGUAUGCUUUUGGAGCUGCUGGAAAUCCUGACAAAAUUCCUCCCAACUCUUCAGUACUGUUUGAGAUUGAGCUACUCAGGUUUGAAGGGGAGAUGCUCACAGACGACGGUGGCAUUAUAAGAAGAAUAAAGGUCAAAGGGGAUGGUUACACUAAUCCCAACGAUGGAGCGAUUGUUGAUGUGCACCUGGAGGGGAACUGUGCUGGUCGACUGUUUGACUGCAGGGACGUAACCUUUACUGUCAGUGAGGCUGACGAUAAAGGCAUUCCACUGGGAGUGGACCGAGCCAUGGACAAGAUGCAGAGAGGAGAGUGCUGUUUACUUUACCUAAAACCAAAGUAUGCCUUUGGAAGUGAAGGUAAAACAGAGUUCAAAAUUGGACCAGACAAAGACCUUGUAUACGAGGUUACCCUCAAAGACUUUAAAAGGGCCAAGGAAUCCUGGGAAAUGGACGUGCAUGAAAAGCUGGCUUUGGCUGCUGAAGUUAAGCAUAAAGGGAAUCAGUAUUUUAAGGCAGGGCGGUACCAACAGGCAGUCAUCCAGUACCAGCGCAUCAUUAUGUGGCUAGAAAUGGAGUGUGGUAAUGGGAUAGAGCAGCUAAAGAGGAUACAAGACUUUGUUAUGAAGGCCCACCUCAAUUUAGCAUUGUGUUUCCUGCGGAUAAAGGAGUUUUCACAAGUAGUGGAAAACUGCAACAAGGUGAUUGAGCUUGAUGAGUGCAAUGAGAAGGCUCUGUAUCGUCGCGGGGAAGCCCGUCUCCUCCGUAAUGAGUUCAGCCUGGCCUUGGCAGACUUUCAGCAAGUUCUGCUAGUCAACUCCUCAAAUCGAGCAGCUCAGGCUCAGAUUUCCAUUUGCCAAAGCAAGAUGAAGGAAUAUCAUGAGCAGGACAAGAAGACCUACAGCAACAUGUUCCAGAAAUUUGCAGAGCGUGAUGAGAAGGUUGUAAAGACAAAGAGGAGGCGAGACGAGAGCUUGAGGAGCAGCAUGAAUGGCGAAGUGGGCAUUAAACGCCGACGGAAGAGUCAGGACUGUCCGUUCUAAAAGUGACAUUUGAAAGGGAGAAAAGAAAGACAGGCCUCCCUUUGAUUUCCAGGCCCAGGGAGCAGAGGCAGGAAUGAAGUCAUGUAAAAGCCUCUGAUCCAAACCUCUUUAUCCCAAAAUCCAACGUUACCAUUCCUGCAUAUAAAGCAGAGUGUAAGCAGGGAUGUUUGCAAGCCAAACAGCAUUUCCCCUGUCACAUGAACUGUUCAACUGCCAGAACGCACCUCCCAGUGGAAUUAGCACUGCAGAAUCAGCAAGUUAAGAUUGGUGAACACUUCUACACCACAACAUAUACAGAGGAAUUCCAUUUUCUUUGUCAUUACGCUACUGUGUAGAGUUAAGAUGUGCCUCCACAGUUUAUAUCCAAUUCCAAAACUGCUCUGACUUGUAUUUGGUAUUGAGCCUUUCUUGGGCAGCAUGCAUGCAUCACAAGGUGUUUGGGAUUCAGACUUGAAACUUUAAAAAAAUGUUUGUUAGUGUGCAAUAUGUACUUUGGAUAAAAGGCGCAACAAGUCAUGUGAGCUCGGUGGUAUUUUCCAACAAAAACACAAUCAAUAAUCAUUUGUUGUGAAAAAGUAAGAAAAAACAAUUGUCCGUAACUUAGGGCUUGGUUCAUGAGAAAUAAUCACAGGAUAGGAAGUUACAUAGUCUGAAUUCAUAUAAUGUUGGGAAAUACUGAAAAUACAGAAAUACUUUCUACUAAAAAUCCUCCUCCAGACAUGAACUUUCAGUAUUUUCAUAAUUCACUGAUACACACCUUGUGUUCUCAAUCAGCAGGAGCCAGAAGCAGUAAGCAACAUCUGAAAGAAGCACAAACUACAGAUGCUAAUUAUUACCAAAAAAUAAAUAUUUUAUGCUGGCAUAUUACAACCUGCUGUCCCAACAAGUAAAUUCACAAUUCAUGUGGUUAUUAUUAUAAAUAAAUAAACACCUUAAUGACUAUGAGACAAUGAUAUAAAACCUUUAAAGCCAAGUCAGUACAUUUUUAAGCCCAUAAAAGCUAAAAUGUGGUUAUUUUCAGAAAUGCAUGUAUGCCUUUGUUUUGGGUAAAUCUAAGGCAUUGUAAAAUGGAUUUGACCACAGUCAUGCACUAAAGUGAUUAAUUCAUGAACAUGGGUAUGACAGGACAUUAUUCAUUUGCUGAGAAUAUGUGUUUUAUCCAUUAUACACAUCAGGCAAUACAAACAGUUUGUUUAAUGAGAAGCCAAUCUGGUAUUAUAGUUGAUCAACAAUUACAACUGAUGAUAGGUGCCCACUGAAGGAUGCAUAUGGGAGUGACGACAGAUAACGAUAACAUCAGUUUCAUGGACUGAUUACAUUUUAAACUGGUGGCAGCUGCAAAAAAUAAAACAAUAAAAAAAAUACAAAGUUAAGAUAUAUUAAAUUAAAUGUUUUCGCUCCUGAGCUUUGUUGGAUUUCAGUGGUUGAUGAAUCAAUGUUUAUUCUUCAGUUGCACUCAUUUUAUGCUAAUCUAUCAGCUAAUUGCAUAAGCAGCAUGGCACAAUCUUCAACACAAACGCAAAAAAAAAAAACGUCAGCAGCUGCAGCAUUAUUUCUACUGACUGUCAGAAAUCCUGAAAUUUAUGAUUCAAAACUCCCGCACAAGGAGACAUGUUGGUCAUAAAAUCACCCCAUCCCACUUUUGCAUCUGACAGGGCAGACACAUGAGUGUUGACUCUGUGAGUACAAGGGGGAAAGGGACACAGAAACUGCAAUUAAGCUUUAAAUCUCUUAUGAAUUUCAUCACUUUUUCCAACUCUGGUAAUGUGAUCAACUAAAUCAUUUUACAUCUGUGUAGGUCUUUUUGCUCAAGUCUCAAAACAGGUGUCUCUUUAUUUCACUGCAUCUUUUUUAAUGUGUGAAUGUUAGUGGAUAGUAGACAAUGAUGCACUUUGGUGACUGUCAAACCAACACUGUUAUCUUUUUAUGAAAUGUCUGGACAAAAUCUGGACAAUUAUCUUGAGAUGUUUUAUAAACAUUGGUUGGUUCAGAAUGAAAACCUUAGCUGUCUUAAAUAUUUUGUGUAAAAAAAUCAACUCUCUCUCUCUCUCUCUCUCUCUCUCUCUCUCUCUCUCUGUGUGUGUAUGCGUGUGUGUAUGUUUGUGUGUGUGUGUGUUAAUAUAUCUUGUAUGUUAGCAAGGUUUUUAAACAGCUUAUUGCUAAAUGUUUUCAAGUACUGCUGGCUCUAAACAUUCAAAUAUUUUGUACAGUGGAAAUGAGCAUGAAGUACUUUUUUCUAGCAAUUCUAAAUUGUAUUUAAGAAUAUACUGAAUAUUUAUCCCCCUCUGUUAACUGCAAAA